UUUUUUCGGUGAUAGACGAUACAUGGUAUCACACGUUCUUUAAAGCUUUUACCUCAACAGUUGAAACCGAUAUAGAUCAUUUGUGUAUUGUACCCCAGCCACGGUAUACUAUCCUCAAAUGAUUCCUAUAAUAAAAGGCAUCAAGAUGUCGGACCUCCACAACAAGCUCCGCAUCAUCUCCCAUCUGGCUUCUAUGCUGUUCGCCAGAACAUCCCAGAGACAGCGUCUUAUGGGUAUUAUUGUCACUCUCUUCGUUUCCAUGAUGCUAUUGAUGCACCACACCUCCACCUCGACAGACUCCGGUGUGACUAAGAGCUAUCUUUCCAACUCGUUGGAUAAGUUAAAUGGCUUCUACAAGGAGACGAAGAAGACGUACGUCUCCGACUACACUCAAAUGACGUUUGAGGAAAUCACUGAUGCCUUAACCUUCAAACAUAAGUCUGAUAAGAGGCGUAAAGAAAUCAUCAAAGACAACAUGAAACACUAUACGGAAUUUGUUCUGACCAAGAUUAAUGAACCCAAGACGGGGAACUUGGUGCGAGGCCCUGCGGAAAAGGAGGAAUACGUCUUGGCUAACGCCACGUUGCUUGUUCUUGUACGUAACAAAGAGUUGGACGGACUUAUCAAGACAAUCACCCAGAUUGAAGAAAAGUUCAACAAGAAGUUCCACUAUCCGUACACUUUGAUAAAUGACGAGGCGUUUACGGAUAACUUCAAGAAAAAAGUGGAAGAAGUUGCUUCCGGCAAAAUCGAGUACGUUCACUUGACACCUGAGGAGUGGGGUACCCCGAGCCACCUUGACCAAAAGAAGAUAGACAGAGCAUUUGAUAUGAUGGAGGAACAACAUAUCCAGUACGGCACCUUGCUCUCGUACAGGCAUAUGUGUCGCUUCAACAGUGCCACGUUCUACAAUCUUCCGGCGUUAAAGAAGUAUAAGUGGUACUGGAGAUUUGAACCGGAUACUGACUACUACUGUGAAAUCGAUUACGAUUUGUUCAAGUUCAUGGAGGACAAUGAUAAGACGUACGGCUUCACCAUCAAUUUGUACGAUCACCCGAUCACCGUGGAAACCUUAUGGCGUGUCACCAUGGAGUUUGUCAAGGAACAUCCUGAAUAUGUUCAUCCAAACGGUGCCUUUGAGUGGUUGACUAACGAUUUGCAGAAUCCUUGGCACGCGCUUUUCACGGGUGGCUACUCCGGUUGCCACUUCUGGUCUAACUUUGAAAUCGGUGACAUGGACUUUUUCCGUGCCGAGCCGUAUACUAAGUGGAUGGAACGUUUGAACGAAAACGGAGGGUUCUACUACGAACGUUGGGGUGAUGCACCGGUUCAUUCCAUCGGCUUAGGGUUGUUUGCCGAUAAAUCAAAGGUCCACUGGUUUAGAGACAUAGGCUACAGACACGGUCCGUAUGCCAACUGUCCAAAUAGUGACAAGUGUCGCGGCUGCAGGGCGACCGAAUUUGGCCCAGAGAGUCUCUACACCGAGAACUGUAUGGCCCAAUGGAUCGAUUACUCAAUGGUCGAUAAGGAUUUCGCACUCUAUUGAAUAAAGCGUUUUUCUGGUUGUAUUUCAUCAAAAUCCAUAAUUUCCUGUCUUAGUUUUAUAGUUUAUUUCUGGUUUAUUGUUUUGUGGAAUUUAUAGCUUUCAGGGCCAGUAAAGAUUUUACUGGUUCUUCCAGAACCUAGGUCAAUCAUCAAACA